CCUUCCUCUUGUGCAGGCUACAAGACGCUGGGCUGGGGAGAUGUUCCGAACAGCCAUCAUGAUGGCUGCCAGCCUGGCCUUGACCUCUGCAGUAGUGGCUCAUGCUUAUUACCUGAAGCACCAGUUCUACCCGACUGUGGUGUACCUGACCAAGUCCAGUCCCAGCAUGGCGGUUCUAUACAUUCAGGCUUUUGUCCUGGUGUUCCUGUUAGGCAAAUUCAUGGGCAAAGUAUUUUUUGGACAGCUGCGAGCAGCGGAAAUGGAGCAUCUGCUUGAGCGGUCAUGGUAUGCAGUGACCGAGACCUGCCUUGCCUUCACAGUCUUCAGGGAUGACUUCAGCCCCCGCUUUGUGGCCCUUUUCACACUCCUGCUCUUCCUCAAGUGCUUCCACUGGCUGGCAGAAGACCGGGUGGACUUUAUGGAGAGGAGUCCAAACAUUUCUUGGCUCUUCCAUUUCCGCAUUGUCUCUCUAAUGCUGCUGUUGGGCAUUCUGGAUUUUCUGUUUGUCAGCCAUGCCUACCACAGUAUCCUCACCCGGGGAGCCUCCGUCCAGCUGGUGUUCGGGUUUGAGUAUGCCAUCCUCAUGACAAUGGUGCUCACCAUCUUCAUCAAAUACAUCCUGCACUCCAUUGAUCUCCAGAGUGAGAAUCCCUGGGACAACAAGGCAGUGUACAUGCUUUACACAGAACUCUUCACAGGUUUCAUCAAGGUGUUGCUGUAUAUGGCCUUCAUGACCAUCAUGAUCAAAGUACAUACCUUCCCGCUUUUCGCUAUUCGGCCCAUGUACCUGGCUAUGAGGCAGUUCAAAAAGGCUGUGACAGAUGCCAUCAUGUCUCGCCGGGCCAUACGCAACAUGAACACCCUAUACCCUGAUGCCACCCCAGAAGAGCUGCAGGCCAUGGACAAUGUGUGUAUUAUCUGUCGGGAGGAGAUGGUGACAGGUGCCAAGCGCCUGCCUUGCAACCACAUAUUCCACACUAGCUGCCUGCGGUCAUGGUUCCAGCGCCAGCAGACCUGCCCCACAUGCCGGAUGGAUGUCCUCCGUGCCUCCCUUCCGACUCAGUCUCAGACACCUCCUGAGCAGCAGGAGGCAGGGCAGCAGCCACCGGCUCACCAGACCCCGCUGAUUCCUCAGCCGCCCAAUUUUCCUCAAGGCAUCCUGCCUCCAUUUCCACCUGGGAUGUUUCCUUUGUGGCCCCCCAUGGGCCCAUUUCCUCCAGUUCCUGGUGCCCAGCCACCCAACAAUGCAGACAGUGCUUCAACUGCUCCUUCCACAUCAGGGACGCAGACAGCAGCAGGCACUUCACGGCCCAGUGGAAGUUCAGCAUCUGGAUCAGACUCCACUGCCCCUUCAGGAAGAGUGCCAGGUUUCCCCUUCCCUCCACCUUGGAUGGGGAUGCCUUUCCCUCCUCUCUUUGGUUUCCCUCCUAUGCCAGUUCCACCCUCUGGGUUUGCAGGACUAACUGAGGAAGAGCUGCGAGCCAUGGAAGGCCAUGAACGGCAGCACUUGGAAGCCCGGCUCCAGUGCCUGCAGAACAUUCACACGCUCCUCGAUGCAGCCAUGUUGCAGAUCAACCAGUACCUCACAGUACUGGCCACUAUUGGGACACCCCACUCUGCACCAUCACCAAGUGCUCCGGCCACUUCAGCAUCCCCUCAGGAGACUGCCAGCGCAGAACCCAGCACCAGCAAACCCACCACUUUCCAGGCUGCUGACAGCACCACUUCAGCAGCAGUGGUCCCAGAUUCCUCAAGCCAAGCAGCUCCAUCCCCAGUGGCAGGCGCUGAGGGCUACACAGCUCCAACUGGUCCUGAGCAGGAUGACGAGCCCUCUCCUCUGGAGGAGCCUGAUACAGCUGAGCUGCGCAGGCGUCGCCUUCAAAAACUGGAACUGCCCUCCUCCUCCCAUUGACAUCUCUCCUGCCCCUUUCCGGCGAGCCUUGCUCUGUGCCUCAGUUAACAGUCUGACUGAUUUCACCCAUCCCCCACACCUCCAGGAAACAUGGGAGGAGAGCAGAGGGGGGGGGAAAUGAGGACUGGACAGCUCAACUGCACCACCAAGUGCCGACACGAGUUCGCUGGGAAUGCCGUUCGGCAGGGAUGGGUGUGUGGCGGCAGCAGUUCUGCCUCGAUGUUCUAAUUCUGAAGGGGGGGGGGUAAAUCACCCAUCCCUCCAUACUGACUGGCCCUGAUCCAGUUACUCUCACCAGUGCGGUAAUGUUUCUUGCUUACAAAGUCUUUUUUGGUAUCUAGUUAUCAGCCAGACAGACUCAUAGUUGCAAGAUUCAUAGUUGCAAGGGCAGCUCGCUUAGCUUGGGGAAGACCUUCCUUGGGUUAUCCCCUAAACAAUGUGGGAGCUGCCAGCUAAGGGACCUUCCCCAUCAGGAAGGGAGCUGUUAGUUUCGCCUACAAAUAAUCUCUCUCUUCCCACCCACUCCCCAUCCCACCCCAGUUGGGACUUCCAGCUUUCUAGUUUUGUAGUGGUUUUGUGUGGACUCCUCCUUUUCCUGGGAGGAAAGCAGCAGUGGUAAAUGGGAGCUGACUGGGAUGUGUAUGCUUUGCCACCUGUAGGUGGAGGUAAAAUGCAGGAGGCCUUCUCAGGAUAGCUGAGAGCAGAACCACAGCUGUUUCCCGAAGUCCUUGCUCCCAUCUGAAAUCCACCUGCCUGUGGUAGGAGCCAAAGUUGCACAGCAGGAGCUUGGAAUCGCACCCUGCAGGGGGGUUGAAUUGUGUAUCUGGGCUGGCAUUGAAACUGCAGAGACAGGGAGAGAUCUUCCUGCUCCAGGCUGCAUCUGACAGAAUUGUAAACUUGGGCGUACCCUCCUUAUUUUCACAGAAUUGUGGGGUGGCUUUUCAGUGCAGUAAACUUGUGACUUGAAUACAUUUUUUCUCCUUGUGCUUCCUUAUUUGGUUUAAAAAAAUCAUCCCCAACAAUUAAGGCAAGCCAUAGUUAGCUGUAUGGUGUUCCCCAAGGAGGCUUGGGAAGUGAUGUGUGAUCUUGGAGGCGUCUGCCUUGCCCCGCCAAAUUUCUUUCCUGGUUGCAGAUGAGUCAGGGCUGAUGGGGACUUUGCUGAUGUAACCCUAGGAGCUUCAUGGUGAUGGCGGUCAAGAGAAGCCCAGUAAAACUGAGUAUAGUGGGACUCUGGUAUGUAGUUCUCUAGAAUCAAGCUCUGAGUUUCUGAUUAGCACUCCUCCCCCUCCCCCAAGGAACUUCUUUAUAAUUUGGAUCUGCUGCUGCUCUGUGCACAGGCUUUUCAACCCAGCCUCCAACACAGCAAAACUCAUGCAAAAGCUGUUGCAGGCAGUACAUGUCUUCCUUUGGCUUCUGAAGAAGGUGCUGGGAAACUGAAUCUGAUUAUAUUGCUUAUGUUGGUCCAACAUUUUGGUCACAAUGUUCCCUUUUAUCUUUCUGGUGUAGUUUGCUUGUAUUUCCACCCAUUAAUGGUGUAUAUAGAAAAUGCUUAGGAUCCAAAGACUGUGUUUGUGUGGAGGGAGGACUUCUGGGCUUUCAAUGGGGCUUCUGCAGGAGACAAACCAGGCUCAUUGACAAACUGCUCCCAAGACUUGGAAAAGAGCUGCUGUGACAGUACAAGGAAACCUACAGAUAUGCAGGAACUGCCACAGAAGCCCCAGUGCAUGUUCAGAAGUAUUUGCUGUCAGUGUGCACGUGUCUCCUGGAGCCAUGGUUAUGCGUGUGAUGCACUGAAGUCUCUGAAAUUUUAAAUGGCUGUAAGUGUUUACGGCAGGAAUUGGGACACAUCCGGCAUGAGGAGGGGCUUUGAGUCCUGGAGCCAACAGUGUUCUCUGACUGGGUUUCCACAAUAUGAGUGGGUGAGGUUGUUUGACCCACUUGUGCGGGGUCCCUAUAUAUAUGCUUGGUAGGGGGAAAUAUUCUGUACUGUUACUUCUGGAGGGGAGGGGUGCCUAUCCUAUACUGUCUUCCCCAUGUCCCUGUGGUGUUUCAGGAAAUUGGAACUUUGUUCCAUUUUGGGUACACCUGCUCUAUAGCUGAAGUUCUCGAGGACAGACCCAGCCUGGUUUUCAAGAUAGGUUUGCCACCUUUAUAUAUAUAUAAAAAAAAAAAGCUCCAGGACUUUUUUCUGAGGAAAGGUAGUAGUUUUAAGAGUGGUUAGUGAACUCUCAAACACAGUAUUAAAAUUGGCUUUUUGACAAGAGUAAUGUACACCUCCUUUACUUCCUGGCAGUCACUUUGUUUCUUGGAGUGAAAAAGUAGCCUAGCUUUUUUGUUCUUGCAUUUGCAAGGAGCAUGGCCAGGGAUUGUUCAAAGUAUUGAUUCAAAUAAAAGACUUUGGUCAAGGCUUCUCAUUACUUAGGCUUCCUCGGUAGUGAAUAGAAGGGCUUCAGUUUGGACACAGUGGCUCUUUUUGCCCACUUACCUGCAGUAAGGGUGAAUAUAUAUACGUAGCAUUUUUGGGACAAGAAGCAGUUGGCAGUCCCACAGCCAGUCUGUCUCUGAAGCAAAGCUGGUUUUUAAAGAAUGCAAUAUGUAACUGACUAAGGCCAGGUGUUUCUGCAAGCACAAGGCUCCAGUAAGGAAUGUGCAGAGCAAUCACAAAGUCCAUUCCCCCCCAAUCUCAAACCAUCCACCAAACUGUAAACUUCCCUCUGAUAAGUGACAUGCAAAUCUUUUUGUACUUGGCAAGUGCAUGUGGCGAACAAUUAGCUGUUACUAAAAGCUCUUCAGAGAGCUUUUAAGUUUGGCAGCUAAAACCCUUGUAGUUCAAGUACCAAGGUGGUGUGUGUCUUUACCAAAAAAAUUAUAUAUUUGUAAAAUAUACCUAAAUGAGUACAUAUCAGGAAACUGCAGCUGACACUGAGUGAGCUUGGCUUAAUAGGGGUGCAAUGCAAGUGUGUGUGGUGGUGGAAGGCAGGAGGCUUGACCAAGAUGAGUAGUUUAUUUUAAAAAAUUGUCUCUGCCUGCUCUCUGUGUUCACCAAUCCUGGAUCCUGCCAUUCAGAUCUCAUGAGGUUGCCCAAGGACCUCUUUUACCCUCUUCUCCAAAUCCUGUUACUCAGCAUUUGAUUCCAACAUGGAGGGUGGGGUGGGGGGUCAGUAUCUCCUACCUCUUGGAGAGCAGACAAAAUGGGCUCUUCUGCUGUACAAAAUUACUGUGGGCCAGGAAUGUAACUUGAAUCCACCAAGUGGCUUUUUUCACUGGAGAGCAGCAGGAGGAGGAGGCACUUUGGACUGAGAAGAAGGAUCUUAUAGGAAAGUGAUGAGGCAGAACAAGGCUCAGAUGGCCCCCAUUUCAUAUUAUUUUGGAGCAAGGGAGCGGGCUACUUUGCUCUUGGAAGUGCAGUGUAAUUGACCUAGGGGUAUCUUUGCUAAGUCUUGAGGGGCAAACUUUAAAUGAGGGGAGAGCAAAAUACUGAUCAAUGAGAGGGCAUGUGUAGACUUAUGGUAGUUUUUACAGACCAAAAGGGGGAGGAAACUGAAUGAAAACUCAGUGCAGAGGAGGAGAGAGAUGUGACUGGGGUGGGUGGGUUUCUAGUGGAUUUUCCCCAUAGCAGUGGCAAACAGUCAGUCACUGAGGGUUUCAUUGAAAUUAGAAGAGGUCUUUUUCACAGGGAGACUUUGGAAGGGCUACUAGGUUGCUUGGAAUGACCACAUGUGCACCUGUGUUUCCUCCUCUUCCACCCCACUAAAGACUUUUUGAGUUUAUGCAUUUUUCUUCUGAAACCUAAGUGGCCUUCACUCCUCCAAAGGAGCACGAUUAAAAGUGGUCCCUUUUAGAACUGGCUGAUCCUUUCUCAUCCUUCUGCCUGCAGCAUUUCGUACUUUUUUUUUCAUUGCAUGUCCCUUGGAAAAUUAAUUUACAUUCUGGCUCAUUAGUGAAAGGAAAUUGUGGCAAUAAAGGAGGCAAGAACGUGACCCCAGACUACUGUCUUUUUGGAUUUUUCUCUUGACAAAUCUCUUUGGCAUAGAAAAAGAUCUGUGUUGUAAAAAAGGCUGUUUUGCACAUAGGAGGUGCCAGGUUAAAAUUUUUGGUUAUAGGUCAAACCUACAAAUGGUCUUUUUUUUUUUAAAUGAAAAAAAAAUACUGAUUUGAACUUUUACCAGCAGGACACAUGGAACUGUUCUGGGGAGAGUUCUGUUUCCUGUCUUCAGACUUCUCAUGUCACAGAUGCUUGGCACAAGGUUUUGUUAAAUACCAGCACUAUUCUGUUUUUGAGUAAAAAGAGCUGAUUGGAAAGCUGAAAGCCCACAGCAAAACAAUGUUUGACCUCUAUCCUUGCAGCUUUUUUUCAGCUGUGUUACAUAUGGAGGUGAAGGAAGUUUGGAUAACUAUUUAAUUUUUGUAAAUACUGUAUAAUUUUAAUAGCUUGAAUUGUGUAUAUACACAGCAAAUAAACUUGCAUUGAAUACUGA